GCGAGCUAGCAGACGGGACUGGCAGAGUUUUUCCACGGGAUUAACACACAUUGAAAUAACCCAGUGAAACUACUUAAUUUUGAAGAAAGUCGGAAACCAUGUAUCUGAACAGGGAAGCGGAGAACAGCAAAGGCUCAGUCUCCCUCAGUGUGUUCCUGGUGUCGAUGGCGGUGACUGUGUGCACCGUGUGGCUGGUUACGCUGUGCGGAGUCUGUGGCUGGUGCCAGAAAAAACUGGGCAAGCGGAACAAGCCUGGGGUGCAGACGGCCACUCCGGACCAGGCACGGGGGCGGGGGGAGAAACAAGCCAUCAACCACAGAGAUCUAGACAGAGACUUUUGGAAUAGCAAUGAGAGCAGCACUGUUCAGCAGACGGAGCUUCUAGACUCCCCUAAUCAUGUCCCCCUCGGGGCGUUGUCUGGUCAGAGGGGGGCGUCGGCUGGGGAUGGGGGUGGGGCAGGGGGCGGGGCUGAGGGCGGGGUAGGGCCCUAUCACAGUGAUGGUGCGACCAGCGUAGUACCAGCGAGCGGCAGAACGGGACGAUGGCAGACCGUCCAGAGCCACGUGCAGUCUGGAAGCCUGAGGCACAGCAGAGCAGAGCUGGGCCGGCCCGGCCGCUGCAGAACCGGCCCGCUCUCGCCCGAGCUGCGCAGACACUCCAUUGGGGAUCCAUCCCUCUCCUCGGCCCCCACAGCCCCGGAGCACCAGCCCUCCUCCGGGCCCCCCAGGCCUCGAACCCUGCUCCGGCAGCAGAGCCUGCAGCAGCCCCUCCCGCACACGGCUCCGCCGCCCACCUCACAGAGCCUGGGCCAGCUGCAGCCGGGCGGGGCCCCGCAUGGAGGGGCCCCCAGGGGGGCGCGGGGGGCCGGCAGGGGCGCCAGGGGGGGCCACCUGCACACAAACCCUGGCAGCUGGGACCACAUGAUGGGGCAGAUCCGCAACCGCGGCCUCGACUCCCUGCUGUCCUGUGUCUCUGACUCUGUCCUCUAUGACUCCCUGCUGUCCUGUGUCUCUGACCAUGUCAUCUAUGACUCCCUGCUGUCCUGUGUCUCUGACUCUGUCCUCUAUGACUCCCCGCUGUCCUGUGUCCCUGAUUCUAUCCUCUAUGUGUCCCUGCUGUCCUGUGUCUCUGGCCCUGUCCUCUAUGACUCCCUGCUGUCCUGUGUCUCUGACCCUGUCCUCUAUGACUCCCUGCUGUCCUGUGUCUCUGACUCUGUCCUCUAUGACUCCCUGCUGUCCUGUGUCUCUGACUCUGCCCUCUAUGAGUCCCUGCUGUCCUGUGUCUCUGACUCUGUCCUCUAUGACUCCCUGCUGUCCUGUGUCUCUGACCCUGUCCUCUAUGAGUCCCUGCUGUCCUGUGUCUCUGACUCUGUCCUCUAUGACUCCCUGCUGUCCUGUGUCUCUGGCCCUGUCCUCUAUGAGUCCCUGCUGUCCUGUGUCUCUGACUCUGUCCUCUAUGACUCCCUGCUGUCCUGUGUCUCUGACUCUGUCCUCUAUGAGUCCCUGCUGUCCUGUGUCUCUGACUCUAUCCUCUAUGAGUCCCUGCUGUCCUGUGUCUCUGACUCUAUCCUCUAUGAGUCCCUGCUGUCCUGUGUCUCUGACUCUAUCCUCUAUGAGUCCCUGCUGUCCUGUAUCUGGCUCAUACUCGAGGGGAAGAUGGUGGUCCUGUCUCUGGCGAUAGGGCUGGCUGAGCAGGAUGACUUUGCUGACCUGCCCGAUCUACAGGAGGUGCAGGAGAGCCAAGAUUCCCCUCCUGAUACGAGGGCUGGUGGUAAUAAACCAGGAAACAGUCCCAAGGGUCACCCGCCUGAUGCAGACGGACACUCCUCCGUAUCCGACCUGGCAAACUCACUCACCAGCGAGAUGGUCAUGCUGUCUCCAGGCUCGGAUGAUGACCAAGAAGGCCCUGUCAGUGAGAAGUUGGGUCGCAUCCAAUUUAGCGUGGGAUACAACUUCCAGGAGUCUACCCUCACCGUGAAGAUCCUGAAGGGCCAGGACCUGCCCGCUAAAGACUUCUCGGGGACCUCCGACCCCUUCGUGAAGAUCUACCUGCUGCCGGACAAGAAGCACAAGCUGGAGACGAAAGUGAAGAGGAAGAACCUUAACCCCCACUGGAACGAGACCUUCCUGUUUGAAGGGUUCCCGUAUGAGAAGGUGGUUCAGCGCACACUGUACCUGCAGGUUCUGGACUAUGACCGGUUCAGUCGUAAUGACCCCAUUGGGGAGGUCUCCAUCCCGCUCAACAAGGUGGACCUGGUCCACAUGCAGCCCUUUUGGAAGGAUCUCAAGCCCUGCAGUGAUGGCAGCGGGCGGCGUGGGGACCUGCUGGUGUCUCUGUGCUACAACCCUUCAGCCAACACCAUCACUGUGAACAUCAUCAAAGCACGCCACCUCAAAGCCAUGGACAUCGGAGGAACAUCAGACCCGUAUGUGAAGGUGUGGUUGAUGCACAAGGACAAGAGGGUGGAGAAGAAGAAGACCGUGGUGAUGAAGCGCUGCCUGAACCCCGUCUUUAACGAGUCGUUCCCCUUCGACGUGCCCGCCCACGUGCUGCGAGAGACCACCAUCAUCAUCACCGUCAUGGACAAGGACCGGCUGAGCCGCAACGACGUCAUCGGCAAGAUAUAUCUUUCCUGGAAAAGCGGCCCGGCAGAAGUGAAGCACUGGAAGGAUAUGAUAGGCCGCCCACGCACCGCAGUGGCCCAAUGGCACGCCCUGAAGGCCUAA